CCCGCGCGCGCGCGCGCGCGUGUGUGUGUGUGUGCACGCCGAGGCUGUUACAAAUAGAAACGUCCUUGGUGUAACGCACUAUUUCAUGCGCGGACGUUGUUACUUCCGCGUGUUUCUGACGCGCAGCGGCUGCAUUGUGUGUGUGUGUGUGGGAGACGAUAGCACGUUAGCUUGCUUGCUAACACUCAAGUUGUUCCUGCGGGCUUCAGCUGUAGUUUUGAGACCAAACACGAGUUAACGUUGUGUGAACGUGGUGGCGUCAGUGCGCGAUACUUUUAGAAUAACGUGCACGAAGUCAUGAGAGGAACACGAGUGACCGUUAGGAGGAGAAGAUGUCCCAGAAGGCCACAGACACGACCUCGUCGCCCAUGGCCCUCCAUUCAGAUUCACACAAGCAGAGCAUCCUGAGCAAGUUUGACACGCUCAGGAAAAGGGACCUCCUGUGCGACAUCACUCUGGUUGUGGGAGACGUGCAGUACAAGGCGCACAAAGCCCUGCUGGCGGCGAGCAGCGAGUACUUUUCCCUCAUGUUCACGGCAGAAGAUCAGAUCGGCCAGUCGACCUACCGGCUGGACGGCAUGGCGGCCGAGACGUUCGCGGCGGUGCUGGAUUUCAUCUACAGCGCCCGGGUGUCGGUGGAGGAGAGCGCCGCGGAGCAGCUCCUGGCCACGGCUCGUCUCAUGGAGGUCAACGACCUCGUCCAGGUGCUCGCUCGACUCUCGCACUCGACUGCGGCGAGUAGAACCGGGGAGGUAGAGGUCGACCCGGAUCUGUUGUCGAGAUGCAAAAGAGGACGGCCGAAGAAAAAUGUGCCCGUGACUCAGAGCUCGGAGGAGAGGCUGGCCGGACGCGGGGACCGCGACGAUGAUGAUGAUGAUGAUGAUGGAGUUGGAGAGUCGCCUGCUGCUAAAAACGAUGCCUAUUGCAACUCGGGAGGCAACCAGAGCCGGAAGAGCAAACGCAAAGUCAGGCCGCCGGUGAAAUACAAGGGCUACAAGGUGGGCAACGACACAGCAGGGGGGGAGGAGCCCGGGAAGAGGGGCAGGAAGAGGAAAUACCCCGACACUGAGCCCCGAUGCGAGGACUGUGGCAAAGUGUUCAAAAACCACCUGUUUUUAAAGAUUCACCAGAGGACUCACACAGGAGAGAAGCCUUUCCGGUGCCUGGUCUGUGGGAAGGGUUUCACCCAGAAGCACACGCUGCUGGUUCACCAGCGCAUGCACACGGGAGAAAAGCCCUUCGUCUGCACCGUCUGCGGCAAAGCGCUGUCCACCAAACACGCCCUGCAAGAGCACAUGAACCUCCACGAAGGAGGAAAAUCCUUUAGCUGUGACAAAUGUGGGAAGACCUUCACCCAGAAGAGGCAGCUCAAAAGCCAUUACCGAGUUCAUACAGGCAAAUCUCUGCCAGAAUGUGCUCAGUGUCGUCACAAGUUCAUGGACACGGCUCAGCUGAAGAAGCACCUGAGGACUCACACAGGUGAGAAGCCGUUCACCUGUGAGAUUUGUGGGAAGUGUUUUACAGCCAAGAGCACGCUGCAGACUCACAUCAGAAUUCACAGAGGAGAGAAACCGUACGACUGCACCAUCUGCAACAAAUCCUUCUCGGACCCGAGCGCCCGGCGACGACAUGUCGCCUCCCACUCGGGGAAGAAGCCCUUCACGUGCUCCUUCUGCAGCCUCUCGUUCACGCGCCUCGACAACCUGAAGACGCACAUCAAAUCGCACAACAAGGAACGAGCGAGCGAAGCGGCGCCAGAGGAGGAGGCGCGCGGCGUCCUGCAGCUGCAGCAGUACCAGCUGCCCUCCGGCUCGGAGCAGGAGAUCCAGCUGGUGGUGACGGGAGACGUGGACAACAUCAACUUUGUGCCGGGUCAGAACCAGGAGAUCAUCAUCGCCACAGAGGGGGACGCGGCGGACUCGGCCCACCCCAGGCUCACCCUCCUGGCCCAGUCGGCGCACCAGAACGUGGCUCUGGUCGCUCAGGACCAGAGCCCCCAGAUUCAGACUCUCAGCAUGCUGGAUGGUCACAUGACUCACCAGCCGGAGCAGAUGCACGUCAUCACCCUGAGCAAGGAGGCGAUGGAGCACCUGCAGGCCCACCACGGGCCCCAGCGGCCCGUCCAGCAGCUGCAGGUGGUGCACCAGCCCAUCCAGCACCUGGCCGUGGCUCAGGGCCCGCUGAGCCGGGAGCAACGCGGCCAGGCCAUUCACAUCAGCAGCCAGAGCAGCCAGCCCAUCUCCAUCAGCCAGACCCACGAGCAGAUCUCCAGCCACCACAUCCAGGGCCAGACGUUUCAGAUCCAGGCCGGGACCGUGUCCUACCUGUACACCACCGGGCAGGAGAGCUGAGUGCUGCUCCCUUGUAUUGUUAUUGGGCUAAUGGGCGCGCAAAAUGGUCAUAAUCCAGUUUUACUGCAGAUUAUAUACAAUGACAACUUUUAUUUUUCUUUUACUUCUCGUCAGAUUUACUAGUUGAAGGUUACAAAAAUCCAAUUACAAUAUUAAAUUGGCUAAUAUUCCCUUUUUACAUACACUAUUUUUGAUGAGGAGCCCUUGCAUUAGUUUUUUUAGGGAUUCUACCAAGCAGAAAAAUCUACAUCUGAAACAAAUGUCAAUCAAUAUUGUGUUGUAUGCAAAUAUCGACAUUUUGAAAGUGAAGUUGGGCACAUUUGUCAUUACAAAGGUUUCCUCUCAGGUCUUGGAUGGAUGUAAGUCUUUGAAAGACAGACAACUUAAAUCCAUUCCAGUUCACCAUCUCAUGCAGGUUUUGAAACCAUUGGUUUAAUAUAUUAAUUCAUCUGAAGACCUGUAAUAUGCUUUAAGAAAUGGUCAGCAGUAAAGCAAAAAUAAGCUUUUUGGAGAAAAAGAAAAACAUGUUAAAUCUAAAUAAUGGACUGACACAAUAUCUUGUUUUAUUGGGACAUUUUAUUUUCUAUUGAUAUAAACAAUUGUAUCAUUAUUAAUUUCACGUGAGACUGAAAAAUUUAUCAAAGCAGCAUAAUGAUGUUAAGGGAAGACGCAUGUACAGUAUAUGACUGGAAGACAUUCUUAAAUAUUAUGGAUAAUAAAAUGCCUUGUUGAAUGAC